AUGAACCAGCGGCGCCCCUUGGGACGCAGAUGCGUUGGCCAGGGACAAGAGAAAAAGGCUGCAGAAUAUGGCUGUUGCUGCGAGAUGCCUUCCAAGCCUUUGAUCAUUCCGGCGAAGGCGUGUUGCAGACCGACGAAAUCGAGGGGCUGUGCAAUUUACCCCUUUUCAAGGAAGGUCGAAGAGAUCAUGGCGAAGGACAGGAUGAAGGACCUCUUCGGGCGCUUGGACAGUGGCGAGACUGGCAACGUCAUCAUGGAGGACUACGUGAAGGGCAUAUGCCAGAUCGCACUGUCGGAUGUGCCCGUAGAGACGCUGCAGAUCAUCUCGCUGCUGCGAGUCCAAAGCAGGGCCUUCGACCAGCUGCACCGCAGCCUCACCGACAAGGCGCCGCCCGGCUCACAGACUUCGGGCCCCAUGCAGCCAGGGCACCGCGCUGCGACGACGUGCCGUCCUCGGAGCUGGCCGCGCUCGCGAAUCGACCUGAAUUCCAGGGGCAGUGAACUGACCGUCCCCCUACUCACCACGCCCUCUCAGCUGGAGGCAAGUCGCUGGACGAUGAGGUAG